AUGGCCCUGCGAGGGCUCACUGUGGCCUUUUUCCUGGUACUUGCCCCUCUCCUGCUUGCAUGGGGACAGAAGGAGCCUGGUCCCAAAACCCAGCGGGGAGCCAGAGAAGCAGAAACCUGCCAAAGGCCCUGGUGGGACUCAAGACUCCGGCUGGCACCAGACCAGGAGAAUUACAAGAAGGAUGAAGAAGUGAUGCUGAGCUGCCCUGAGGGUUUCCAGCCGUCCUUCACCCACAUCAAAUGUUCGAGCGAAGUCCGUUCCAUCAGCUAUGGGAAACCUGCAUACAGGGAAGUUUGGCAUGGAAGGGACAGCAGCGGCAGCUGGAUCCGCAUUGAGUCCAACGUGAGGUGCAUGGAGGUCCUCCAGGUCCUCCCUGGGACCCUGGAGAUUUCCAGCACCACCAUCAAACUGAACUGGACGUGCAGGCUCCCUGACACCUGCCAGCACAUUUGGUCCAGGUGCCGGCUGGAAGAGCCUUCCUCCCCUCCCUGUGAGGCUGAGGAGGUGAAGGGAGAGGAGAUGCUACAUGGCCAGGAGGGAACAUUCACCUGCCCGCCUCUGCAGCCCUUCACUGUCUACAGUGUCACCAUCUCCCUGCCACCCAGCACGAUCCUGUACACACGGCUUCUCAGGACAAAGGAAACAGUGCCCGACAAACCAGAGAAGCUGUGGCUGGAUCCCAGCACGGGUUCCCUCCGGUGGCAGGCGCUGCCCUCCUGCAAAGGGGAGAUCAUUGGAUACCAGCUGAACAUCACAGCCAGGAGAGCGCACGAUGGCAGCUUCCUUGAAUUCAAGCAGGUGUUGGUGAACCAGUCUGUCACUCAGUACACGCCACCUCGUCAGUUGCCUGGAAGCAAAUAUACAGUCACAGUGCAGGGCCUUACGGUGGCUGGUGCUGGGGCUGCAUCACUGCUGGAAUUUCAAGCCUAUGUCUCAGGGAUCCUGUGGUUUGUGCUGUCCAGGAAAAGGAAGGCCUUGCCAAGCAAAGCCGAGGAGGAUCAUUACACAGAGCUCCAGCCCUAUGAGAACUUGGAUAAUUACUGCGUGGUCAAGGAGACUCUUCUGGCAGCUCCAGCAUCCUCUGUUACAGAGCAGGAGCAGCCCAAGGCCUGGGAUGACAUAGUUCUGCCAGCAAGGACAUAUUCUAGUAGUCCUCCAGUGAUGUGGCAAAGCCAUCUCAUGCGCAUCCUGGUGCCUGCAACUGUCCUCUGA